AAAAAUAUUCUCGCAAUCCAGUCGAGGGCAACGGACACGUAAACGUUUAAAGUUCAGCGGACAGCCCCCGAACACGAAGAUUUGCAUGCGGCAGGAAUAGAGGAGCGAGAGUUCCCAUCCACAGACAGCGAAGAUGUCACAAAACCAAUCCUACUUCUGGCAAACGACCAGACACAAUGUAUACCUGAAGCGCUCGGCCAAAUGGCACAUGGCGCUGGCCUUGAUGGUGGUGCUCACAUUUGGCACAAUUUGUGCGGCGGAAGCCCAACCGGAUAGUGCGGACAAUGCGGUCCUUGAAUCUGGAUUACAGAACAUGGAGGUGCAAGCAGAUUUGAUCAAGCCCACGGACCUGAGCUCUUUAGCGGAGAAACCAAAGGAUGCUGCGGAUCGGCCAAAGACGAAGGGAAACUUUAUCGAUGCGUUUACCGCAUCGAUCUCUGUUAUCUUAUUAACAGAGCUAGGGGAUAAGACUUUCUUCAUUGCUGCCAUUAUGGCCAUGCGCCACCCGCGUUUGAUUGUCUUUGGCGGUGCCAUUGCCGCCUUGGCCCUAAUGACGGUUCUCUCAUGCGCAUUUGGCAUGGCAGCGAACUUUAUUCCUAAGACUUAUACGUAUUAUAUCUCAACUGCAUUAUUUUUAAUAUUUGGUUUGAAAAUGCUGUACGACGGUUACAAAAUGAAGCCGACAGACGCUCAGGAGGAACUGGAAGAGGUUCAAACUGAUCUGCGCAAGCGCGAGGAUGAGUUACUGCGCAAGGCCAGUCGAAAGUACGAGGAUGCGGAGUCCAAGCGGAAGAAUAGCAACUCGGACAAGGAGGAUGCUAGUGAGCAGGCUCUCAUUCAUGGCCGCAACUCCGUUUCCGCCGGAAAUAGCACCGUCGGCGACUCCGACAUGCAGCAUCGCCAGCGAAAGCAGCGCAACCACCUCAACAACAACAACGGCACCACCCAUUCUAGUAAUAGUAAGCAAAAUAGCUGUGAUAAAACUGGCAACGAUGACGAGGACCGGGAUCAGCACGAGUCGGAGGUGUUCCUCAAGGAGGGCGGCCGCAUCGUGGAGCAGCUCAAGAUGAAGACCUACCAGAGCAGCCCGGCCCACUCGGCGGCCUCAUCGAACCAGACCGAACAAACCAACUCCAUAGCCGCCUCCACCGCCACCGUCGAUGUCCAGCUGGCUGGUCAUCCCACCGAUCCGUCCGUGGGCGGCGCCUCGGAGCCCCGUGCUCCGUUGGCAGGGCACGAUAGCAUGCAUAGUCUCAACGGCAGCCUCAACGGGGAUUCCGGACCGGCCAAUGGCGCUCUCAAAUCACGGCUGGACCGUGAUGUGAAUGCGGCGCUGGUAAAUGACGCCGAGAGCGGUCGUCGUCGUCCACAGAAACGCGGUGCUACCUACUUCACCAUGAGGAUCCUGGCCCAGGCCUUCACUAUGACCUUCCUGGCCGAGUGGGGCGAUCGCUCCCAACUGACCACCAUAAUUCUCGCCGCUAGCAAGGACGUUUAUGGCGUAAUCGCUGGCGGUAUUAUUGGCCACUGCAUCUGCACUGGCCUGGCUGUGAUUGGUGGUCGUCUCGUGGCUUCCAAAAUCUCCGUGCGCACUGUCACCAUUGUGGGUGGUAUUGUGUUCAUCGGGUUCGCCAUUUACGCUGUCGCCAUUCCUCCGGAUGACUUAUAGGCGAAGCCAUCGAACUCCACACGAGAUAGCCCGUUGACGACCCCACAUUAUAUGAAGAUUUAGUUUAAGAUAUCCCACAUUUUCCUUCGAGGAGCAAAAGACAGGGCUAGGAUUGUAUUGAUUCAUUUAAAGAUAAAAUGCAUUAAUGUAUUUAACGUAGCUUGCUUGCCAAACAACAGAACGAAACUAAGGAAAAAACAAAAGUGCCUUCAGUGCUUUCUGCCUCGGCCAUGACAUACAAAUUUAGUUCACCCAAUGAAUUCUUGUGCUUUCCAUUUGUUUAGUAUUGAUUUGAUUUGAAUGUUCAGUUUCGGUUUCGUGUUAAGUAUUAAAGAUUGUACAUACGCUCCUCCGAGUUGAACCCUUCUUUCCAUAUCCCACAUCCUUAUUUGCAUAUUUCUGUACGUAGCAGUGUUUACUUAAUGGAAACAACCAAAAUGAAACUUUGUACAUUUGAUUAUGAUUAUUUUGUAUGAAAAACUUAGUAAAUUGAGCAAAACUUAA